CGAACCUCCAUCUCCAUCUUCAUCUCUCUUUCUUCUUUCUUCUAGGUAAAUCAAAAUCCCUUUCAUCUCAUUUUGAAAUUCGGGUUUUGAAUGUUAAAAAUUUCGAAUUUUUGGAUUAUGAACUGAUUGUGAAUUAAGUUGUUGUGAAAUGCGGAUAUGUAUGAAAUGUUGAAAUUUGAUUUUAAAUUGAUUGUAAAUUUAAAUGUGUAUUUUGACAUUUGGGCAUUUGGGUAGACUUGAAUGUAGCUAAAUUUGGGUAUUAAAAGGUAGAUGUAAAAAUUUUGGUAGUUUCAUAUUGAAAUGUGAAUUGUUUGUGAAUUUUAACUUAUGGAUAUAUUACAAUUUUGGUAGUUUUUUCUAUUGAAAAUUUGAAUGUGUUUAAAGUGUGUAUAUUGAUGCCUACUCAUGAAUGUUGGACAAUGAAUUGUUAUUAGAAUAUGGAUUUCUCAAGCUUCCCAAUCAUAUGUCAUUGGGGAGGGAACUAUUAUGAGGAUGCUGGGCAAAUAUGCCUUGAAGGUGGCAGAACCAGCUUUGUCAUGGUUUCUCAUGGCGCUUGCAUGCUGGAGAUCCUUCAAAAAAUACAUGCAGCCACAAUGAUUCAUCCUAGCCGUUCUUUGCGGUUGAAAAUGAAAUUUCCCAUGAACGGGGGAAAGUACAUGCUUAUGCCCCUCAUUGAUGAGCUAGCUAUAACAAAUAUGUGGGGCAUAACUCAGAUGGAGGAUAUGUCGACGCUUGAGAUAUACAUUGAGGAAUCCUGUGACGCCUAUGGUACUCAAUCAACAUCAAAUGUUGUCGUAUCUACGCAUGAUGUCAAUGUAGGGGUGAAUGCAGUGAACUCCUCAAAGGCUCCUGUACUGGACAUGGUUAUACAGGAAGAUGGUAGGUAUUUGCACAACGGUGCAUCAUUUGUGGAUGGGCAGGGAACUGAUGAUGAUGCUGACGAGAACAUCAAUGGUGAUGACAUGACAGAAUCUGAUGAAGAUGAUGGUGAUACUGUCACGAAAACUGCCCCGUCUAGCCAUUUUACUAGAAUCUAUGAUCUCCCUGAAGGGUUUACUGAUGCGUGGAUGAGUGGAUCAGGUGAGAAAAGGUUUACCCCCGAUGGUGAGUUUGAGGUCGGUCAACAGUUUGACAACAAAGAACAUGUCAUCAAUAUGGUGAGCUUGUAUUCUAUCAAACGGAACCAAUUUUAUCGGGUGAUAGAGUCCGAUAAACACAAGUGGGUGGCACAAUGCAAAAGGAAGAAAGAAUGUGAUUGCCCCUGGAGAAUACGCGCCACAAAGAACAAAGGCAACCUUGAGACCUUCACAAUUGUGCGUUAUCCUGGACCUCAUUCUGCUACGUGCGUUGGCAACACCGACACUACCAAUCACGUGACUUUGACUUCAGAUUUCAUCUCUAAAGAUGUGAUAGACAUUGUUCGCACUGAUCCUUCUCUUAAAGUGCAAACUAUCAUUGAGAUGCUGAAGGAAAAAUAUGAGCGACUUACCCCUGACCGUGGUUAAGGCCCAGCAGUAUAUUGGGUUCAAGGUUUAUUUUGCAGCUUCGAGUUGUCCUCUUGUGUUCUCUGUUCUCAGCAACUAUGUCAGUUGAAAUGUUACUCCCAGAAGUCAAGCCAGGAAUAGGAAUGCGGUCAUGCCGCCUUACGGUUGUUGAAAAGCACAACGUACGCUCAGCGAAAAAUUCCCCUAUGAAAUUCAUGCACUUCAUAUUGAUGGAUGUUGCGGGAAACAAGGUGCAGGCAGCUGCAUUCCAAGGGGACAUUGCUGUGAUUGAUCAACGUCUUGCUUUGCACUCAACCUACCUUAUCUCAAAUGCUUUUGUAAAGCCAGCCACUGAUUUGCGAUACUGUGUUGAUCUUAAUUACCAGUUUGUUUGGACAUUCACGCGAAGAACCCUCAUUCAGGAUGUUACUCCUGAAGAUGCCAUUGAUUGCGCCCUUCUCCUUGAGGCAGGGACUAAGCCUUUUCAUGAUUUCUAUGACUGCCACUUGCGUAAUGAAAAAAUAAGUGCUCUGGCUGCAGUUGUUCAAAAAUUGCCUCGUGCAUUCAUUGUGACGGAUGGACAUCAGAAACCUGCUUGGGACAUCGUUCUCAUUAAUGAGGAGUGUAUCCCCGUCCCUCUCACUCUCUGGGAAGAUUUUGUCACCAGUCAUGGAACUGAAAUUGAACGACUUCUCGAGGAGGGGAAUUACCCACUGGUUCUCAUUGAAAGGGUUGUUGUCAACCUUUUUCAAGGCCUCACUCUGGCAACCAGAUUUGAUACCCGUUUGGAACUCAAUCCAACCGGUGAACGUGCGCUGUUGUUAAAGAAGUGGCUUGCUGAAAAUGUCCACAAAGUUGAUCAAAUGAUGUUAGAAAAGGUGUAUGAGGAUGCUCUUAGUGCUCUAGCCAAACCUUUGUCCCAGCCUCACACGCCUGUUGCUGGCCUGGAAGCAAAAUUAAAUGAGAUUCCUGUUGCGUGGGUGUUGGGAAAGUUCGUUCUAAUGGACACUUCAGAUGAUGGUUUCUACGUGGGUUGUGACUAUUGUAACAGAAGGGUUUAUGCCAUGGAAGGGGUGACUUUUGAAUGCAUGUUCUGUGGUCAGAAAAAAGGGAAAUCAGUUAAGAGGUUCCGUCUUGAUGCUUCACUGAGUGAUGGAACCUCUAGCGUUCCCGUGACUCUCUUCACAGCGGACAUUCUAUCCUUGUUUGAAUUCGUGCACAUGGACGUAGAAGACACUGUUGAUCUCGAGGCAUUUGACGCAAAACUGCAAAAAAUUGACAUUAUCGCUGGCGUGAAACGCACUAAAUUUAAUGAAGAGCGAGCCCAAGGGAACCUGUACACCGUAGUGUGUGUCGCUGAACCAAAACCUUUCACAGAUGCUGUUGGCAAGGACAAAAUUCCCCCACCAGGACCCAUUUUGCUCCCCGAAGCGAAAAAAAGCCUGAACUUUGAGACCGUCAAAGAUCUGCCUGUGCAUGGAGCUACUUCUACUGAUGAGCCACUCACAAACCAGCGUGCCAGGAAGCGCAAAUUGUCCGGCUCAUAAAUUAUGCUGCCCAUUUGCCCGGUCGUGGGGAUUCCCAGCUGCGUCUGCUCUUUGUUCUUUGGUUGUCCUGCUUGUAUAUAUUUUUGUCGCCUUGAAGGCUUGUUUUGCUGAAACAUUCGUGGUCUAUAAUUGGUGGCGAAUUGGUCUGUACAAUUGGCUUACUCGCUGCUCAAUUAUUAGUGUCCACGGCCCCUCCCCAAACUUGGUUCUCUGUACAUGCGGUGUUCUUUUUGCACAAGUUACUAUGUUUGGACUGUUUUCUCUGUAGAUAUCUAAUCCCAAACUUGGUUAUCUCUAAAUAUCUAAUCCCAUAUUCCCAUGAUUGGGCCAAAAUGAUUUGAUUAAAAAA